GACGUGCCACCCGGCCGCUCCCGUGCCGCAACCUCGCGGCUCUCGCAGGGCUGCGGGCCGGCAGCGGGGCCCCUCGGGGCUGCGCCCGGCGAUGUCCCCCCGGUGGCAGCCUGGGCGGCCCGCGGCGCAUCGCUCGCUGCCGGGCGUGUGCCAUGUCCUCGCUGGUGAAGGAGGACCUGGCCAAGAGGCUCUUCGGGCCGCGGCGGCUGCGGCUGCAAGAGUUCAUCGAGGUGGAAGGCUCGGGCGCGGAGCGCUGCUACCUGUGCGCCGCAGUACCCCCAAGGAUUCACCAUCAAAAUAAUCAGGAUAUGUGGAUUAUCCCCACGGUUCCAGUGCUGGAGUUUGGCCUUCACUGCACUGUUGUGUCUAAAAGUGAAGAAGUAGAAAUAUGUAUGGUAAAACACUUUCGAGAUCGAGAAGAGAAAUAUGAAGUAGUUGAAAAGUGGUUUUUAAAAGAUCUGGAGAUGAUUGAUGGAAAAGAAGCAGAUACUGAUAAUCCAUAUUUUGAUAUGCACUUCCACAAAGUCUACAGUAUGGAGGCAUACAGUUGUGCAUCUAAAUACACCUUUGCUCGAACGCUAAGCAAUCUGAAUGAAACGUAUCUUAAAAAGGACUUGAAGAUUGUGAACUUUGAUAGCACCUACCUAAACGAUGAUUCGAUCUGGUCAUCCAACAAUAGGGAUUGUUUAGUACUUAUGAGAAUAUGCUUCUAUGCUUCCAACCUUUUAUGUCUCUCCUUGUGUCCUUUGUCCUGAAGAUGUAUUUUAUAACGUUAAGGGGACUGGUUGAUUUUGCUAACCAGCAUUUUAUAAAUUAUCUGAUGAAAAUAACAAUAAAUGAUACGUGAUAUCUGCUUUUUAAUUUUACCUAUAAGUCCACAGAGGAACCUCUUUUUUUUUUAAUAUCCAUCUGACCAUUAAUUUAUAUGUAUUAGAAGGGCCUUACUGGCAAAUGGAAAUACAUGAGGCUUUCAAAAAUAAAAGGACAGUGAUUCCUAAGUUCAGUGGUGGUUGUUAAUGUAAGAUAAGUUCACUGUUUGCUAUAUGUUUAUAGAGGUAUAAAUCAUUUUUCAUGAAUAGCUAGAAAUAUUGGAAAAUACUUUAAGAGCGUUAGCAGUUCAUUUACAUCCUAAAGUAGAAAAAUAAAGCAAGAAAAAUGAAUUUUGCACAAGAAUGAUGCAUGUUUUCAUUUUUCAAAUGUGUUGAAAUACAGAAUUCUGUUAAAGAGAUCACACCUGCAUAAAUACAUGAAUCAAAUACUCAUCCUGAUGAAGUAUGGAGUUUUGCAUUUGUGUACUGUGGGACCAGUUUUUACCUAUGCACUUACAGUGAUUUUUCCUCCUGAAUAUCAAGUGCUCCCUUUGACCUCUCCAUUACUUAUGAUAUUGUCAUAGAAACAUAAAAUGGAUAUUUUCAAGCAGAAUUAUUUUAUUUGUCAGACCUUUGAAAACUUUUUUUUUUAUAUCACUAGUGUUUCUUUCUUGCAACUUGUUUAUGUACAUGAACAGGACUGGUUAGGGAAUAGCACCUGUUUAUGUCUCUUCUCUGCCUCAGGACUAAAAAUUAACAACAUUGUCUCGCUCCAAUUUAUAGGAGGGAGAGGAGGUUCUUUUAUUAUCUAUAUACCCAGUGUGAGAUUAAGAAACAACGGUUCAAAUGUUGGUCCGACCAGUUUAUUACAAAUCUUAAUUAGGGAAAUGUGGAAGGGGAGGACGGACACUGUUAUGAAUUAGGGUAAUGGGGAAGGGGAGGAAGGCGAUAGAAAAGAAGAAGCAAGGAGUCUUUAUAGGAAGCAAGAGGGACAUAGUCACCACCAUGGAUCCAGCGAGGUUCGUAGUUCAGUCUUUGAUCUUCAGUAGUGGUGGGUCGUCAGGCAGAGUUGUUCUAUUGAUGACUGCGAGAAGCACAACGAGGAUGGCCCCUUUUCAAUGCUUGAAAGUGGUUGAGUCAGCUCUCCUUAAGGUGGCAGCUUCUGGCUCUGGGAUCUCAGCAGAAACUCCUUUGUUCCCAUCUUCCAGGCCUUGCCAGCAGAUAAGAGGGACCAGGGAUGCCCAUCUGCAUCCUGCUUCUCACAGAACACGAUGGUAUCAUUCCCCAAUUUUUCCACACCUAGCUGGAGCAGUUUAGUCAUAGGCCAGAUCUUCUGCCAGUGAACACUCCUGAGCAUUCUCAUCCGCUCUUCUACAGAGCAAGCAGCUUUGGAGGAAGGGGCUUUCAAAUGUUCCCAAGGCGAUAUCCAUUGUCACACAGUUAGCACCCAUCACUUGCCUCCUUAACAAAUCAUUCAGAGUCUUAUCACAAGAAAUACCUCAGGAAGCAAGCUUUGAGCCAAAAUAACAAAGAAGGAUUCACAAACAUACUACUGGAAAUCCUAUAUGAACAGUAGUUUUUGGCGUUUAGUUACAAUUACUUUGUAGGUGACUGAUGGACUUCUCAAAAAUCAUAGAAUUAGAAUUAUGAGAAUAACUUUCAUCAGUGUCUAGCUACGUUAGCGUAUUCAGUGCACUACAUAAAUGUGUGUUAGUAUUUACAUUUGCAUUGAAUGUGGGGUGGAUUCUACUGAGUGGUUGGGAAGAUCUCACCCAUAACAGAAAAAUAACAGCUGGACUUGUGACAGUAUAAUAUUACAGUAGAAAUGCAGGAUGAAUUAAAGCUGUAUUGACCAAGAGCUGAAGAGGAACAAUUUCAGCAAGAGGCACAGUGAUAUUUCUUGGUGUCACCCAGAUGAUCUAGCUGGCUACUCCCCCCCACCACCCCCAGAGACAACAGAGAAAGCAAUGCCAUCCCAUUCUGUGCCAUUCUGGUCACAACUUCCUGCAGGAGAAAAUUCACUUUCUCUAUUGGCAGCCUAGAGAGUACAGAGAGAGUAGCUCUAGAUUAAGCCAGCUAAGUACCAAAGUUGAUAAAUGUAAAUAGCUCCCAGAAAAUCACAAGCUGAUUAAUGUCCUCUCUGAGUAACUGCCAUCAUGGUUUUUUGUGGAAGGAGAUCAUGACUUGGUCUUGGGAGCCUUUCACAUGGACUCCCACCUUUGAAAACAUUUGUGCAAAUGUACUUUGGAUUCAAAGUUGAAAUAAAAUCAAAUAAGUGAGGGUAUAUUUGAAAAACUGUAUAAAAUGUACAGCUUUCUACUUUUCUUUUAAAAUGUUAACCUACUGCUUGUAUAUAAAAAGGCCAUAUAUUUGAUUAUCUUAAUAAGUUACAUAUUUAUUCCAGACUUGUAAAUUACACACAUUCUAACGCAAAACUUAAUCAUUAUCUAUACCUUGACAGUUGUGAAGGCAGUUUAUAUGGAUUAACACUAAUUUUCAGCAAUUUUUGAAAACUUACAGCUUACAUUUGUCACCUAAAUAUUGUUAGAGAGAAGGAUUGUAUUUAUAAUUAUUGUUUAUGAAAUGCAGUUGUUCUUACCAGAAUGUCUUUGAGGUAACUCAGUCCAGCAUUUGAUCCAUCAUUACAAAAAGUAUUUGCCCAACAUCCAGGCUGUACAAAGACAUUUUACAAUAGCAUGUAUAAAGCAGAACUUAGUUAUAUAUUGUGCCACGUUGUCUUGUUUGAAUAUAUUAUUGUAAAGUUAACAGUGUUUUCUGUGAAGUCAACAAAUUCUUUGCUUACUUGGCACAAGGAAUUA